AGUAAUGAAUAAAAUUGAAAUAACUUAUUUCUUGGGAAGACUUUGUUUAUCUAUGAAUUGGUCGGCUUCUUUUUGGCAUAUCCAUUACCGUUGUAUCGCAGCUCGAUGCGUUCGUGGAAGCGUUGUGUGGUUCCGUUCAAUCGCAUACACUGUGACGCACGCACUCAACCGUCGGCAUUUUUGACGCUUCGCAAAUUCCUUCUUCGUCUUUUUCUCGUCGAAACGCGACGCACAUGCAACGAUGACGUUUCUUCAAGGUAAAUACGAAAAAACAGCAGUCUCCUGUCAGAAUUGUUUGUAGAUAGAUGUGUUGUUCCCUGUUGCUCGGAAGAAAGAACAAUUUUAUGUUUAAAUCACGGAUUUAAAGCAUAGCUAAGAUAUACAAUUUAGAAUAGAAAAGUAAAGAAAAGAAAGAUUCAACUCAUUCCGAUAUUGUUAAACCAGUGCCUGACUAUUUCAGUGUUUAUUUUGAUGAGUCAUAAAGACGAACAGAUUCAUAGCAUUUUUCAAGUGUGAUUUUUUUCAUUGAAAAACUAAUAUCAAAAAUCGAAGAAAAAAAACCAAUUCCGAGUAGGAAUUGACACAAAAAUGUCUGCCACUUGUGACAUCGAGUUUGAAAACAAUCCGAGAAAAAUCAUUUACGCUGGUCAGUUGUUGCGGGGCACGGUGCGACUGAAUUUGACGGAGAACUUCAAUGUUCGAAGUGUGUACGUUCGCAUAAGGGGAAAGGCGUUUGCUAGUUGGAAUAGUGUCGAAACAAAAGUAGAAGUCAAUGAAGACUAUUUGGAUAAAAAAAUGUAUUUUGUGGGUUCUCGUGAAUCAACGAGUAAAAUUAACCUGGAGGCAGGAGUGCACAAUUACACAUUUGAAUUUAUGUUGCCAUCUAACGUGCCAUCCUCGAUUGAAGGAAAAUAUGGACAAAUCAAAUACACUGUUGGAGUAGUUCUCGAUGUGCCACUAUGGACGAAUAAGGUGUUUAAGGAGCCGUUCACUCUGAUGAAAGCAUUAAAUUUGAAUGACUAUCCAUCGUUACGAGAACCACUCAUUGGUGAGAAGAUAAAAGGUGUGUAUCCGUUUUGUUUUGGAUUCUUUUGUCCGAAGACUAUCACAAUUACCGCUCGAGCACCUGUUGGCGGAUUUCUACCACGUCAAACGGUCAAUUUGGAAAUCCAUGUACAAAAUCAAAGUAGUGUGGAUGUGUAUAAAUUCACAGUUGAAUUGAUUCGAUUGAUCUCCUACUCGAGGGAAUACAAAUACUGCGGAUGCAAAAGCAAUUAUGGAAAAAAAGAAGAAAAAUGUCUGUUUUCGAAGACAAUCGAUGGUUGCAGCGGAAAAGAGGAAAAGAUGUUUCAUUUAGAUGUCGAUAUACCAGCAACUCCUCCCACCGAAAUUGCGUGGAGCAAGGGCAUUACGGUCACUUAUUUGAUUCGCAUAACAGCAUUCAUGCCUGGGUUGUACAAAAAUCGCUCUCUCUAUCUACCCAUCACGAUUGGCUCUUAUCCAUUCCAAGAUCAAACAUCUCAUGACGACGGUGUCGUCCAACAAUAGUGAUAGACUUGUGAAUUUGAGUUUGUCCGAAACUAAACUGAUUUUAUUGUUUCUUCUUACUUUACUAGUUACAUCGAUUCGUUUGCUUUAUUCGCUGAGUGAACAAAUAAUUUUAAUUGACAUAGUUUUGAUACUUAUAAUAAAUCUUUGUUUGAAGUUAGUUGGAAUUAUGGAUUUAUGCUUCGAUAUAUUUACUGUUUCGAGAAUUGCGAUUACUAAAAAUAUGUCAUAUGACUCAUGUGACAAACAUUGACACAAUGAAAUAUGGUUUCAAAUACAUCUUCCAAUCAUGUCGAUCGAAUCAUGUCGAAAGCCAAUAGUUUCUUAGCUUUUGCAUAAAAAUCAUGAUCAUCAAUUGUUACAUUUGUACAGAAACAUUACAGAAACAAACAGAUCAUAAUACCUAUACCGUGAAUAUUAUUAGUUUUAUAGAAAGAAAAUGCAAAUCUCUUUCGUGAAGUUCCAUAGAAAUACUCUUUAUAUUUUUCUAUAUAUUGUGAAUGGAACGAGGUAUAAAAUCGCCUUAAGCAGUACUUUCAAUACAACGAAAACAGUAAAUAGAAUUAAGAAAAAUAUGAACCACUCCAUAUUAUUAAGACGUUUCUUUUAUUUUUGUAAAUUACGCAAAAUUAAGGAUAUAAAUUCGUUUAAUAUGCACACAAUUGGACGAACCAUUUCAUUUAAUAUGCAAUUUCGACAAAAUAUACUUUAGACUAACUUUAGAUUACUUUUAGAUUAUUUCCCUUUUCUUCGAAAGAACAACAGAGACAUUAAAAUAAAAAUAAACAGUCAUUGCAGUGCAAUUGAGUGUAUGGCCGGUGUUCAUAUUUCUAUCUAAUAGAUAGAUAAAGAAAAGAAUGCAACGAAAAUAUAAACUAUUGUUCGUUGAUUUGAAACUGGCUAACAAAAAGAUACCAAAGUUUAUGUGUAUUGACCUUAAAAAAUUCUAUCAGUAUUUACUAUUUAAUAACGUUAUUAUUAUACCCAUAUGUUAUGAUAUAUGUUCAUGUGCCUUACUGUUUAUAUGGUGUAAAAUGUCUUCAUUCUUCAAAAUAAAAGUCUUUAUUCUUUAGCAACACAAAAAA